AUUUAAGCGGGCCCGCCGGAAUGGUGAGGGCUUUCUGAGACUGACAGAUUUCAAAACUUGACGGGUUUCGGGUUUCGCAGAGAUGAACUCUGAAGCGGAUUACGGAGGCUCCGGGAGCAGCGGCAACGGGAAGCUGCGCCAGUGGCUCAUCGAGCAGGUGGACUGCGGGAAGUAUCCCGGCCUGGUGUGGGAGAACGACGAGAAGACCAUCUUUAGGAUACCAUGGAAACACGCCGGGAAGCAGGACUACAAUCGGGAUGAGGAUGCCGCGCUUUUCAAGGCAUGGGCGCUGUUCAAGGGCAAGUUUCGGGAGGGGAUCGACAAGCCGGACCCUCCGACCUGGAAGACGCGCCUGCGCUGCGCCCUCAACAAGAGCAACGACUUCGAGGAGCUGGUGGAGAGAAGCCAGCUGGACAUCUCUGACCCUUACAAAGUGUACCGAAUCAUCCCGGAGGGAGCAAAGAAAAGGCCCAGACCGGAGGACAGUCCUCUGAGCCCAGUGAGCUAUCAGAUGCACCAUCCAUACCCUUCCGUACCCACUCAGAUACCACAGUACAUGCCAAGCCCCGAAUGCAGUUGGAGGGAUUACUGCCCGGAGCAGCCGUCCCUGCCCGACCUGCCCUUUACUCAGUGUCCCUGUCCCCCUCGCAGCCUGCCAUGGCAGACCCCAUCCAUGGAGAACGGAUACCAGCUCAGAGCUUCCAUUUACUCCUAUGGCCCCACAGACAGUCAACCCUCGCCCUUCCCACUGGACGCCAGCAUCAGAUCAGCAGAGGCGCUCUCAGACUUCCGCCUCCAUGUGUCAGUAUAUGUACGGGACACUCUGGUAAGGGAGGUGACCACCUCCAGUCCAGAGGGCUGCCACAUCACCCCGAGCCCACCAGAGAAGCCCUACCUCUCGGGUGGUCCCGAUGUGGUGCCGCUGCCUGUGGACAUCCAGAGGAGGGUGGACGAGUGCCCGCCGAGUCCGCCAUCCGGCCUGGAGAGCGGGGUCCUGCUGUGGAUGGGCGCUGACGGACUCUACGCCCGCAGGAUGUGUCAGAGUAGAGUGUACUGGCAGGGAGGCCCUUCAAUGUACGGAAACAAGCCCAACAAGUUGGAGAGAGACAUUGUCUGUAAACUUCUACAUACACAGGACUACCUUACAGAGAUCCAGAGUUACGGGCUCCACGGUCGGCCGCUAAGUCGCUUCCAGGUCCUGCUGAGCUUUGGAGACGAAUGUCUAGAUCCUCAGAGACAAAGGCGAACCCUCACAGUCCAGGUGGAGCCGCUAUUUGCUAGGCAGUUCCUGUUCUACGCCCAGCAGACUGGUGGGCACUAUUACCGUGGCUACGAGCAUCCCACAGUUACGGAGCAUAUAAAUGCCACCGAGGACUAUCCGAGAGCGAUCACGCAUCACCACAGCAGCAGCCUGCAGGAGUGAACCAUGAGCGGUUUGAGUGACUGUGAAAAACUUCAUGAAGCAACUGAAGCAUUUAAAAAAAAAAACAUGGCCGUGAAAUCUCAGGGACAAACAAAAAUGGUCGACUGUGUACAUAAACUGAAUAUUGAGUUAGCCUUUGUUUACUUAGUUUUCAAUUCUGUGUAUGUGAGUGAAUAUGUGUUGGUGUGAUAAAACCAAAAACUGCUGCGCUGUUUUAUUUUAACCAUACAUUAUUCAUUUUAGGAAAUUGAAACUGACAGCGGAGGUGAUUGUACUAACGAACAAAAAAAACUUUUGUGCCUUAAAAGAAUAGUGCAAAACAUACAUUUUAUUUUGUAAGGUUUCAAAGGUACGAAAUCCAUCCUGAGAUCCAUGACGUGACUAGCACUUGACUAGCUUAGCGUAAAAUUGGAAGCAAAAAGGUCUAGCCUGCUUAGAACUCCAGCAAAAUCCACCAAAGAGCUACAAAAUGUUUGAUUCUUAAGUUAGAACAACAAAAAAAGAAAAGUAUUGCUUUCUUGUUGGGCCAAACUUUUAUUUCUGUUAGUUAGUAACUGCAUCUAACUCACACUUUGAAAUUAUAUUGUGAAACUGAGUAUUAUCGCUUUUUGUCGUAGAACCCAAAAAGAUUUUAAUUGUGUACUUUUACGCCUUAAACAAGUUGGAAAGUAUUUUUUUACUGGUUACAAAAGGUCAGUGUUGCAAUUUUUAUGAGUAAGCUUACUGGCUUUACUUUUGUAUUUUAUUUACAUAAGAAAAAAACAUACAUUCUGUUUGUAAAUAUCAGCUGGGGUAAGAAGCUGCAAGUUUUUUAUUUUAUUUAACAAACCUCUUGUAAAUAGGAAUUUUUGCUACAUAUAUAUAUAUAUAUUUUUGCUAGUGGACACUAUUACUACUGUUUGUAUAAGGAACUCAGGGAGCUAAGGGAGAUAAGCUUCUUAACUUUUAUUUUGUAUCAUAAAUGUUUCACAUCUGAACAAAGCUUGUUUUAAUCUGAAUGUAUUUUGUCUUCAAGAAUAAUUUGUGUUUGUAUAUAUAUAAAAAAAGAAACAAUAAUAAAAAAC